UGAAGAAUGUGAUGCGCAGGACUCUAGUGAUGACGAAGAAGCAAAUGAAGAGCAAGAAAGGGAGCAUGCACAGAAUGAAGUCAGAUUUGAAGCAGAACAACCAGUCUACGAAGAACCUAAAUUUAUUGUUUUCUUGAGCAUGCUAGUAUCAUUGUUUACAAUGUUCUGCUUUAAAUGCAAGGAAAACAAACCCACCAUAAGUGUCCACCGUAAUGGAACCAAGGUGACAAUUUGGCAGCAUUGUCUUAAGUGUGGGAGCAAGGCCUUUAAAUGGGAGUCUCAACCACUGGUUCUUGGGCUGUAUCCAGCAGGGAACAUUCUAAUGAGCUUUGCUACUUUGCUAUCUGGGGCUUCUGUGAGCAAGGUUCUGCUAGUAUUUCGGCACAUGGGACUAUAUGCAUACAGUGUUCGUACGUAUUAUUUCCACCAAAAGAAAUUUAUUCUCCCUGUGAUCCUCAAAUAUUGGGAAAAACACCAAGCUGCACUUGUGGAAGAAGUCAAGACCAUCAAAGAUACAGUUUGGUGUGGGGAUGGAAGAUUUGAUUCGAUGGGCCACAGUGCCAAGUAUGGUGCAUACACUAUGUUUUGUACCACUACACUUAAGGUUGUGCACUUUGAAAUUCUUCAGGCAAAUGAAACAGGAGGCAGCUCACCCAUGGAGCUGGAGGGUGCGAAGAGAGCUUUCGACUAUCUGACAAGAGUUGGAAUCAACAUCCGAGUCUUCAUUACUGACCGCCAUCGAGGCAUUGCAAAAUGGGUCCGUGAACACAAGCCAAACACCUCACAUUUCUAUGAUAUUUGGCAUGUUGCCCGAUCUAUUCAAAAGGUCCUGCUCAAGCUAAGCAAAGAAAAAGGAUGCGAGAAGAUUGCAAAGUGGAUGAAAGCAAUCCGCAACCAUCUGUAUUGGUGUGUGACUUCAACAAAGCAAGGGUUUGAAGAGCUAAUACUAGCCAAGUGGAAUUCAUUCAUGAAUCAUGUAGCAAACAGACAUGAGGGCCACCCUGACCCAUUGUUUAAAAAAUGCUUACAUGGUGAAAUUGACCGUCGCAAGUGGAUUUAUAACGGAACAAAGGCAUAUCAAAAACUUAAUACUGCCUUAACAAAAACUAAACUCCUGAAUGACAUCAAAAAGCUAUCACCUGAUGCUCAAACAAGUAGUCUGGAAGGGUUCCAUGCAACAUUGAAUCACUGGCACCCAAAAAUGAUCUGUUUUAGUUGGCUGGGAACAUAUUGCAGGCAUAUAGUUGCGGCACUCCACUUUAAUGAAAAUGUCCAGAGAAAAUCACAUGUUUGCAAGGAUGGAAAAGAAUCUGUAAGGGUGAUUUUUCCCAAGUACAAGAUGGGAGAAGAAAUUGUUCGAAAAGUUACUGUUCCACCUACCUAUAGUAAGUAAGCACUAAAUGAACUGUACACACUACAAGGUGAUAAUGUACAGUAUUUAUAUUUGUUAAUUUUGUAGUGUGCCAUAAAAUUGAUGAUUAUUGCCUAUUUCCCUAGCAAGGCAUUACAAAUGUUAAAUUUUGUAGCUAUAGCCAUACUAAAGUAAUUAUUUCCUAGAACUGUGUAUAUUGAUUCAGGAGACAGUAAGUUAAUUAUAGCAUUUGUCUUUUAGACUAUGUUGAAGAAAUCAGGAGACUUCUUUUUUCUAUGUCUAAGGCACAGAUUAAAGAACUUGAAUCAGUAAAAGAAAGAUAUGCUGCCAAAA